UGACGCACGAGAACUUUCUAAUGUCAAUGACACAAACAUUAAAAAAAAAAAUUUAAAUGCUCUAACUUGCAUGGUUGCCAACCAACAAUAAAGUUUCUAAAUUUGAUAAAUGUCGAUGUGUGGCAACACUGUUUGUAUUUGAAUAAAUAUUUGAAUUUAUCAUAAUCAAUUGAUUUUAUAGGUUUCCCCUUCUUAAUUAACUUUUAUUAUUCCUAGUAAAUGCAAUUAGCUCGAAAUUUAAUCACGAUGAUUAGAAAUUAUUUAGUCGAAACAACAGCAGUUAUGGAACCUAGAAUCUUAAGUAUCCAAAGCCAUGUGGUAUCUGGAUACGUCGGAAACAAAUCAGCAGUUUUUCCUAUGCAGCUUCUAGGGUAUGAUGUAGACUACAUAAACUCAGUGCAAUUUUCCAACCAUACGGGCUACGAACACGUAAAAGGACAAGUGAUCAGUGAACAAGAAUUGGCCCAGUUGCUAACAGGCCUGCAAAAAAACAAACUGGAUCAGUACAGUCAUUUGCUUACUGGUUAUGUUGGCUCACCUGGGUUCCUAAAAGAACUUGUUAAUACCCAUAAGUAUUUGAAAAGUAUCAAUCCCAAUUUGAUUUUUGUUUGUGAUCCUGUUAUGGGCGACAAUGGACAAAUGUAUGUCCCAAAAGAACUGCUACCAAUCUACAAAGAAUCAAUUCUACCAAUUGCUACAAUCUUAUUUCCUAAUUUAUUUGAAGCAGAACUUCUAACUGACAUCAAAGUUGAAUCUGAAGCAAAUAUAUGGCAAAUAAUUGAAGCUUUACACAGUAAAGGCAUUGAAACAGUUUGCAUUUCUUCAGCUGAACUACCUGAAAACAUUAACAAUACCCUUAUGGUGUUUGCAAGCAACAAAAAACUCAAGUUGAAACUUGAAGUACCAAAAUUACCAGUUUCUUUUACUGGUACUGGGGAUUUAUUUAGUGCUUUGAUGCUGUGUUUUUUGCAACAAAGCGAUUUGAAAGAAUCACUUGAGAAAACUAUGGCAGCCAUGCAAGCAGUCUUAAAAAGGACUUAUGAUUAUGCCUGUCAGCACGGAAAAAAUGUUAAAAAUAUGGAAUUGAAGCUGGUACAAAGCAGGGAGGAUAUUUUGAACCCGAAAAUUGUACACAGGGCAACUGUAGUUGAGAUCUAAGAAUUAUUACAAAAAAAAAAAAAAUGUCUUCCAUGUUUGUAAUUGUUUAUAUAGUUUAUUUUAUUUGUUAUUUAGCUUAAAUGUGACAAUAAUUUAUUAAUAAAAUAAUUAAUUGUGUCUUAAAAGUAAG